UCAAUUGGGGCAUUUUUGUUUCCACCCUGUUUGGUCUUGAGCAUCACAGUUGAUCUUGUCCUGCACUUCCAGCCAAUAACAGUCAUUGAUUUGGUCAUUCCUAAUGACUUAUGUGUCUUUGAUUUGGGUGCCCUAGCUACAUUGGAUGGAGGAUUUGAUUCAUCAACUUCUUUGCCCUUGCUACCAUGGGAAGUAACUUUCAUUCCCUCAUCAGCUUAUAUUCCAUGGAGUCCUACAAUAAGCAAUCAUCAACAAAGUCAUGCAAUGGGGCCUUUCCAAAUUUGACCCAAAGAGCACAGAUAACAUGCCUGCAAAGAAUGCCAGUGAGCUGCCACUUCCAACAUGUCCCAAGUCCAAUGUCUACUUGUUGUUGUCCAGUAGCUCCUUCCACUUCAAACAAAACUUCAGCGCUUUGUUGCUUGCCUGCUUUCUACACAGAGUACAAAAAGAAGAGGAGAUAUCGGAUCUCCUUGCAGAAUACUCCGGAUAGUUAUGCUCAUAAUUUGCGAAAUACCGCGCUAUGGUCUGAACCAAUCAGUCGUCUUGCCAUUGCAUGCUACUGCCAGUCUGGACGUGCUCACACAUGCCAUUAUGUUCCUCGUCCACUCUUGGUUGAAACCUGCACAUUUAAGGGUGGAGAUGAAGUUCCAUGA